AUGCAUUGGCGGAUUGCUACUCUGGCAUUUGUAUUACUUCAGACUGUCCUUGCUCAUGUAUGGCCACUCAAUGACAAUGGAACUCCUGCUUCUGGUUCUAUUCAAACCUUCUUCAUGAGUCCAAAGAAUCUGUGGAUCAAUCGUCAGUUUUGGCAGCAGGGCCAUAACGAACUACGUCCUGCUAUCCGUCGUAUUCUGCGUCUAGCUGAUGGUGCUGUUCUGGACGCUACAUCAUACUCGGUUACUUCAAAGAAUACUUCACUGUUGUCUCCUUCCAAUGACCCACACUACUACUACUCGCUCUCGACUCAGUUUUGGCCUCAAGCUGCCAACAACAACUCUUCUCCCAUCUCUGGUGCUCCAUAUGCUUUUUACGAUGGAUAUAUCAACCCAGAGGUCUAUCUUUAUCAGGAUCCACAGUACAUUCAAGUCAUGUUUGAUGAUGUAUAUCAUUGUGCUCUUGCAUUCUUUUUUACUGGCAAUGAAACUUAUGCCCAAACAGCCACCAAGCGACUUAAUACCUGGUUUUUGGAUCCUGCCACUGCCAUGAAGCCCAGUAUGGAGUUUGCUGCUUCCAUUCGUGGCGUCGAUACUACUGAGGGAAAAAACACCUUUGAUGUAACUACUGCCAAUGGUACCAUGCAGGUGGAUGCAACCAGUGUUUUAAUGGAUUUCAACAAGGUUUAUCAGCUGAUAGAUGCCAUUGGAUUACUUCGUAUCUCUUCUUCUUUCACCAAUGCUCAUUAUCAGGGCAUGCAUGCAUGGAUGAAGAGUUUUUAUGAUUGGUCACAAUCCAGUAAGCGUGCAAAGUCGUUUGCUUUGUCGGUCAACAACCAAGGAACUUGGAACGAUGUACAGCAGGUGUCGAUUCUUUUGUUUCUUAAUAGAACUGAAGAUGCUAAUAAUAUAAUUCUGAAAAACACCGUCUCCCGUAUGGCGCUACAGAUUGCAUCUCCAGAUGGCUCACAACCAAUUGAACAGACUCGCCAAAUGUCAUGGUUUCAUUCAGUUCACAACCUGGAAGCGUUGUAUGUUCUGGGCUCACUUUCCCGUAGUCUAUCAACGGAUUUGUUCCAGUAUAUCGAUCCAUCCACUAAACAGCCAAUUCUUUCCAAUGCACUAAAGUAUCUAAUUCCAUUUGCGCAAAACAACGGUGCUGGAUGGGUCGGAACCAAUAUUGGUAAAUUUGACCCAUCGACUGUCAAUGAGCUUUGCAAGCAUGCAUUUAUUGUGUAUCGUGAAGAAUCGUUUAUGGAUGCUAUCCAAUUGCUGCAAUCUAAGCCCAAAUCAUGGAAUCCUAGUAGAUUGUGGACUCCUUAUCUUGCAUACGAUUCACCAAAUAGGAAUGCUGCAAUCGACAAAUCUACUGGCAGCAUUGGUUUUGUUGUUGCUAUUUUGGCUGCAUAUUGGGGAUUUGCCUCUCUUUUCCUAUUCUAA